UUUCUUGAUGGUGAUGUAAGAGAACGUAGAGUGCUUUGGAGUGUUGUGUAGUGCAGCCUUUAAUUGAAGUAAGUUUGUUUUUUUGUUUUUCCCUCAGAGUCCAGUGUGUUACUCUUGUUAAUGCCAGCUUGAUUUCCUCUUUGAUACAAUUAAGAAAAACCAUGUGAUCUAAAUGUCACUUGCUUUAGAGAACUUUAAAUCUCGACUACUCAUCCCUUAGGAAACUCAAGAGGGUCAGACUCCUAAGCAGAGUCACUUUAUCCUCAUGGCCAAAUGCAGUGUGGAGAUGGAAGGGCCGAGGGACUCUAAAAUGGGUUUGCACUGGCACUUUGCUGCUGGAAUGGGUAGGAAAGGCAGGGAGCAGCUGCGUCGGUGUGAAUGUGGUGGAGCUAUGAAGGAAUUUCCCCUAGCUGCUUCAGCGCUGGGUUCCUCGGGUGCCUUCCAAUAGUCAGGCUUUUCCAGCAAAUGCAACCCCCAAAAGCAAAUCCCUUUAGGACACAGCAUCGGGACUCUUUCCCAGCUGGGGUGGGGAGAAGGCAAAAGCAAGCUGCUGCUUUUGGGGUGCUCAGCACGCAGCUGUAGAGCUGGGAGGCCGAAAACUUGGUAACUUGCCCUGCCUUAAAUGGACAGCCCAAAAAGAAAUCAUCUCUGAUACGACUCUCUGAAAGUCCCGUUCCCAUAAUGGGGGGGGUUAGGGAGCGCAGAAGGGGCCUUGGUUUUUUGUUGGUGGAAGUGAACCCCAAAAACCACUGCUGCCAUCUCAUCAGCAGUCGAUUGAAGCUAUUUGACCUAACCUGUCCCUCAUCAGUGACUCCAUUCUGUCACUGUGCUAAUGGAAUAUUUCCUGAUUAAUUAUUUUUUUUAACGUUGGUGUUAAACUGAGCUUUUUUUUUUUUUUAAUCUAUAUGAAACCAAGGUUGAACUACUGCAUGAUUAGCACAUAAAGAAAUGUUGGUAAUUCAUUGCAUCUGAACUUCUUAAUCACUGUAAAAGCACACGUUCAUUGUGGUUUCCUUUUCUGCUUACUGUACGCAUGUUUUCACUUGUUCUCAAGUCUUAUUUUCAAAGUUUUCAGUUGAGGGUAAGUAGAGAUGAGUUCUUCCCCCCUCCCUCUUUAGGCUGUUGAGAGCAAACCAGCUAAGAGUACCAGUGUGGCUCUUCUCAGGCAAUUUGUUCUACCCAAAUUCAGCCCAGGAAGGAGAAAUGAAACAAAAGGGAAGGGGGGAGGUGUUGCCAACAGAAAAGAGAUAACAGUGCUGGCGUUGGAAGAGGUAUUUUCCUCAGGUCGGUGCUGUAGGCUUACAUGUACCACAAUGAGCACACAAUACAGCAUUUACAGUUCCUAUGAGGCUUAUAGUGGUGUAACAAACCCUCUCUUCAUUGUGACUCCUCUCGCCAGUCUCGGAAUGCUAAAUGUUGUGCCCAUGUUACACUAGUUUUCUCUGAACCCUAUUAUGUUAUGCAGACCUAAGUUCCAUUGCAUGACUCGCUGACUGGUUUUCUGUUUUGCUUUCUGUUCUUUAAUGCUUGUUUACGUGUUGGGGGGGGAGGAGGGGUGGCCUGGAGAGCAUCCCAGCCCCUGGCUAACCUGGACACAAAUUGCCUGAGAAGCGCUGUAGAGUGGCUUUCCACGAGUUGGGGGUUUAGCUCUUGUAGCUGGGUUCUCUUCUUAACUCAAUCUCAAAUAAUAGGGCUCUGGUUAUUUUGCAGAGUGUCUCUGAAGAAUGGACAGAAUUGCCAUGGCUAACUACAAGCUACAGUUCACAGUGGACAAACGUUGUAGUUUUCUUAUUUCCUUUUAUAAAUAUUUUCUCUUUUUUUAUAUAUUUUUUUUUAUGUUGUUGUUAUUUCUUUUUUUUAAUAUCUCGUAGUUUCCAAUCAGUUUCCUGUAUGAUUGCUGUUGUACAAAUGCACUUUGAAUUCUUUGUCAUGUGUAGUUUAAAACGUAAAUGUUUCGGUGUUUACUUCAAUAAUUACUGAAAAUGUCAAUCUCUCAAAAUUUACAGCUGCCCACAGUCCCAAAAGGGGGUAACGAAUUGACCAGAGAAAAUUAAAGAAUUCAGUUAACAGGCGACAGAUGCACGGGUGGUUAAGGACAUGGCAACGGGGAAAUCUAAAGGCUAUGGCUUCGUCUCCUUCUUCAAUAAAUGGGAUGCAGAGAAUGCUAUUCAACAGAUGGGCGGCCAGUGGCUUGGUGGAAGGCAAAUCAGAACAAACUGGGCAACGAGAAAACCUCCAGCUCCAAAGAGUACAUACGAAUCAAACACCAAACAGCUGUCUUACGAUGACGUGGUCAAUCAGUCCAGUCCCAGCAACUGCACCGUGUACUGCGGAGGUGUCACUUCGGGCCUGACAGAGCAGUUAAUGCGCCAGACCUUUUCUCCAUUCGGACAGAUAAUGGAAAUCCGAGUCUUCCCAGAUAAAGGCUACUCCUUUGUACGGUUUAAUUCUCACGAGAGCGCCGCGCAUGCGAUCGUUUCUGUCAAUGGGACGACUAUAGAAGGCCACGUGGUGAAGUGCUACUGGGGGAAGGAGACACCCGACAUGGUCAGCCCUGUGCAGCAGAAUCAAAUUGGAUAUCCUCAGGCUUACGGGCAGUGGGGGCAGUGGUAUGGAAAUGCUCAGCUUGGGCAGUAUGUGCCUAACGGGUGGCAGGUCCCCGCCUACGGGAUGUACGGGCAGCCGUGGAACCAGCAGGGCUUCAAUCAGACACAGUCAUCAGCAGCGUGGAUGGGAGCAAACUACAGCGUGCAGCCACCGCAGGGGCAGAACGGCAGCGUGCUGACAAACCAGGCCGGGUACCGCGUGGCAGGAUUUGAGACACAGUGAGCAACCAAACAGUGCAGCUGGGUGGCUGGUGGGCUCGAGCAGCGUCACAAAGAUGCGUCGGAUCAAGUCAGUUGCAAGCAUCAGAUGCCAUGUAUUUAUUUAAGAGAAAGAGAGA